AUGAGCACUAAGAAUCUCACCACCGACGGAUUUGCACUUCUGCAAUUCAAAGAUCGCAUCGAGGAUCCUCGAAAUGCGUUGACAAAUAAUUGGACGUCGUCCAGCUCGGUUUGCAAAUGGGUCGGUGUUUCUUGUGGUGUCAUCCAUGAAAGAGUUACUGCUUUGAACCUUUCAAACAUGGAUCUUAAGGGUACUAUCCCUCCACACCUUGGGCAUCUUUCAUUUCUGCGCUCUCUCGACUUGAGCAGCAACAAUUUCUACGGCCACCUACCUAUAGAAUUGGGGCAGUUGCAUCGUUUGAGGCUCCUUCGAUUAAGCUACAACGAUCUUAACGGGGAAAUCCUUCAAACACUUGUCAACAUGUCGGAUCUGGAGAUCUUGGAUCUGGGAUCAAAUCAACUGUUUGGUCGAAUUCCAUUUUUCAUCUUCAAGAUUUCCUCCUUGAAAGAGAUUUCUCUUGACGACAAGAGUCUUUUCGGAAGUUUACCCGAUGAUCUAUGUCACCAUUUUUAA